UGUGUUUUUUUUUUUUUUUUCUUCCUAUAAAUACCGUCCGUCUUCAAGUCGACCGUCAUCAGUUGCUCCGUCCAGCAAUUCGACAACAUCAACGGACAAAGCAAAAGCAAUCAAACAACCCAACAUGGCUCAAUUGGCGAUUCCUUUGUUAGUUCUCGUUGCUCUUGUGGCCGUUACGAUGGCCAGCGAUCCGUACGGUGGAAAUAAGGGUUACGCACCAUACGGAGGAUCCUAUUCUUACACGGUCAAGUACGAUGGUGGAUACGAUGGCCAGAAAGGGUACGAUAAGGAUUACGGCUAUGGUGCUGGCCCUUAUGGUUAUGACAAGAAGCCCAGUUAUGGUUAUCGUGCUCCUCCUUACGGUUAUGACAAGAAACCAAGCUACGGUGCUCCAUCCUAUGGCUACGAGAAGAAAGGUGGAUAUGGUCACGAUGCCCCAUCUUACGGCUACGAUAAGAAAGAAAGCUAUGGUUACGAUGCCUCGCCUUACGGAUACGAUAAGAAAGAAAGCUACGGCGGUUCUCCUUACGGAUACAACAAGAAAGGAAGUUAUGGUUAUGAAGCCCCGUCUUACGGUUACGACAAGUACGAGAAGCCUAAAUCUUACGGUAGCUAUUCCUCAAGGUAUUGAACCUUUGCCACAACUGACCCAUAACGAAUAACCGUAAACCUGUAAUUCCAAAAUUUUGAUCUGAAUAAAACGUAUCUAUUUUCAAAA